GGCGGUGGCGGCGGCGGCGGCUGCGAGGCGAGGCGAGGCGAGGCGAGGCGAGGCUGCGGGGCGCCGUGUGCGGCUGAGCCGGCGGCGGGUAGAGGUGUGAGGGCGGCCGGGGAUCUGAGCGGGAGCCGGGCCGGUGUGGCCGCCGCCGCCACCAUGCAGGAAAUCAUCGCCAGCGUGGACCACAUCAAGUUCGACUUGGAGAUCGCCGUGGAGCAGCAGCUCGGGGCGCAGCCGCUGCCCUUCCCCGGCAUGGACAAGUCGGGAGCUGCUGUCUGUGAAUUCUUUUUGAAAGCUGCCUGUGGCAAAGGGGGCAUGUGCCCGUUCCGCCACAUCAGUGGUGAGAAGACGGUGGUGUGCAAGCACUGGCUGCGGGGGCUGUGCAAGAAGGGGGACCAGUGCGAGUUCCUACACGAGUACGACAUGACCAAGAUGCCCGAGUGCUACUUCUACUCCAAGUUCGGGGAGUGCAGCAACAAGGAGUGCCCCUUCCUGCACAUUGACCCCGAGUCCAAGAUCAAGGACUGCCCGUGGUACGACCGCGGCUUCUGCAAGCACGGCCCCCUGUGCAGGCACCGGCACACGCGGAGAGUCAUCUGUGUCAAUUACCUUGUGGGAUUCUGCCCGGAGGGGCCCUCCUGUAAAUUCAUGCACCCUCGAUUUGAACUGCCGAUGGGAACCACCGAGCAGCCGCCGCUGCCGCAGCAGACGCAGCCACCCACAAAGAGAACCCCGCAGGUCAUCGGGGUCAUGCAGAGUCAAAACAGCAGUGCAGGCAACCGAGGACCCCGGCCGCUGGAGCAGGUCACCUGCUACAAGUGUGGUGAAAAAGGACACUACGCCAACAGAUGCACCAAAGGGCACUUGGCCUUUCUCAGCGGACAGUGACAGCAGCCGGAGCCGGCUCAGAGCAGCCUGGGGGCCCCGUGCGGGCGGCGCUCUGGGCCAUUCCUGGGAGUGUGCGUCUAACUGUUUAACACCAGCGGUGGUGCAGCUCUGGCUGGAGCCGGCAGGCAGGCACCUGGGUUUUACCCUUAGGGGCUCCGUCUUGUCAGUAUCCCCGUCAUUUUGCUGUAAUCUCCUUUAAAAGGGGAACAUAUUCCAGUCUGGCCCCUCAGGUUGGCCUCCUGUCUGGGACUCCGCACACCACCCUCUCAGGAGAGAGGGAGCUGUGGGAAAGGGCUUGUGCUUAUGGCAGUUCUGUAGAGAGGGCAGCCCUUCCCCUCGGGCCUCCUUAAACACCGGGGGCUGGUGGAGUGUUUAAAGCUGCAGCCGGGUCGUGCCCGCUUCCUCCCUGUCCUGCCGAAUCAGAGGCUCAUCUGUUGGUGGGAUUUGAACGAGGCGGCCCCCCAGGGCAAGCUCACGCGCUUGCUGCCUCAGCCGGGUCCUGCUCCCCGGUGGCCACGGCUGAGGAAGGGUGCAGGGCCAAGGCUGUCAGGUGUGAUGGCCUUUUUCCUCUGGGCGUAUCUUCCCGGGGCACCUGCCUGACGGUGUUUAAGGUACACCUUACGCUGGAGCUGCCGCCAGCCUUUCCACAGACACGCAGUCCACCUGUGCACCUACCUCCCGUGCCAUCGAGCAUCUGUACUGUCAGACACCACCGGCCCAGAGGAGAGGCCCCUGCCUCUGAGCCUGGAAAUGUGAAACUGGCACCUGCAACCUGCGGGGCAAAUGGGCCUAUUCGAGUUCAACUACAGGAACCAUUUCUAUGAAGCUGAUUAAAGCUUGUUUUGUAA